AUGCAUAAUGAAAAAACUGAUGAACAGCUUGGAAAAAGCUUAUCAGAUUUUGUCACCGAAGAACCGAUAGAGAAAUUUUGUUCAAUUACUCCUAGUAGUGGUCUGUCGAAGGAAACUUUCUUAAAAACAACAGAUUAUCUCGCAGUUACCGUAAACGAGGAUGAUUCAGACAUCAUUGCAUUUGACGAUGAUUAUACCUUACACAGACAGAAUUGUAACCAAUUAAAGAGACAAUUAACUUUUGAUUUAAAUAAGCAAGUACUGACAUCGUUGACACAAGCAUUUAAUUUGAAUUUCGAUAACAAAGAUGGUAUGAUUUCUUCGAAUCAAGUGAACAAUUCUGACAUCCUUCAAAAAGAUAGCGCCUACGAUACAUACCGAUUGAGGACGGAACACACACCAACAUCGGCUUGUAUUCUCCAAAACAAAGAUAUCGACAUCCUCACCGCAAAUAUGGCUCACAAAGAUUGGAUUCCCGACCAGGAUCGCCAGUUGUACUCAUGUUUUCCGCACCAAAAUAGCGGUAGAAGCACAGAUUCGUUACAAAUAGUGUGUAGCCACAGUGUAACACCAUGCACGCGAAACGGACAUUUGCAGAGAGAUAAAAGUUCGAUUGAAAAUCAAAAAUACGAGGGAAGUAACAGUAAGAAAAGGAAAUUAGAAUCUGUAUAUAAAUUGGCUGAUAUGGCUAGAAAGACUAAAACAAAUGAA